GAGGUGGUGCGGGCCAGAGGUUACAUCAGCCUCACACGUGGGUCGUCCUCGCCGCCACCUUCUCUCCUCUCCUCUUCCCUCGCCAUGAUCUCCAAAGCCAGGCUCAUGGCCACCAACCUGGCCGCCCUCGGCGCCAGGAAGACUGCCGGCCAACUGGUGCAGCAGGCUUCAGUUCAGGGUGUCAUUGCCCAGAGGGAUGUCUUGAGCAUGCAGACUAGAUAUAAGUCAGAUGGAGUAAAAGGGGCUGUAAUUGGAAUAGACUUGGGUACAACAAACUCCUGCGUAGCUGUAAUGGAGGGCAAAGCGGCUAAAGUAAUCACAAACGCAGAAGGUGACCGCACAACUCCUUCAGUUGUUGCAUUUACGAAAGAUGGAGAACGUCUGGUUGGCAUCCAAGCAAAACGUCAGGCUGUCACCAAUUCUAGAAACACAUUUUACGCUACCAAACGUCUUAUUGGUAGAAGAUACGACGACAAAGAAAUAGCUAAGGACAGGGACACUGUACCUUUCAAGAUUGUUCGUGCUAGUAAUGGGGAUGCCUGGGUGGAGGGGGAUGAUGGCAAGAUGUACUCUCCAUCUCAGAUUGGUGCAUUUAUCCUAGUCAAGAUGAAAGAGACUGGAGAAGCAUACCUUGGCACUCCUGUCAAGAAUGCUGUUGUCACUGUCCCAGCAUAUUUUAACGACUCCCAGCGACAGGCAACGAAGGAUGCUGGUCAAAUUUCUGGUUUAAAUGUUCUACGUGUAAUUAAUGAACCAACAGCUGCAGCUCUUGCCUAUGGCAUGGAUAAAACUGAUGAUAAAGUUAUAGCUGUGUACGAUUUGGGAGGUGGUACUUUCGAUGUCUCUGUUCUUGAGAUUCAAAAGGGUGUGUUUGAAGUGAAGUCGACCAAUGGAGACACAUUCCUUGGUGGAGAGGACUUUGAUAACUAUCUGGUGAAUUUCCUGGCAGCAGAAUUCAAGAAGGAACAAGGUGUAGAUGUUACCAAAGAUAAUAUGGCCAUGCAGAGGCUCAAGGAAGCUGCAGAGAAGGCAAAAAUUGAAUUGUCUUCCUCUACCCAAACUGACUUGAAUCUACCAUAUUUGACAAUGGAUUCAUCAGGGCCCAAACAUAUGAUGUAUAAGCUUACUCGUGCAAAGUUUGAAGGCAUUGUUGAUAAACUGAUAAAGCGCACAGUUGAUCCCUGUCUCAAGGCUCUCAAGGAUGCAGAGUGUUCAAAGUCUGACAUUGGUGAAGUCAUUCUUGUUGGUGGAAUGUCACGAAUGCCAAAGGUUGUAUCAGUGGUCCAAGAAAUUUUUGGCCGUACUCCAAGCAAAUCUGUGAAUCCUGAUGAAGCGGUGGCGAUGGGUGCUGCCAUCCAGGGUGGUGUGCUGGCAGGUGACGUAACUGAUGUGCUGCUGCUCGACGUGACUCCACUCUCUUUGGGCAUUGAAACCCUUGGAGGUGUAAUGACAAAGCUUAUCAACAGGAACACUACUAUACCCACAAGAAAAUCACAGGUGUUUUCAACAGCAGCCGAUGGUCAGACCCAGGUUGAAAUUAAGGUGCACCAGGGGGAGAGAGAAAUGGCUGCAGACAAUAAAAUACUGGGCCAGUUUAGUUUAGUGGGUAUUCCACCUGCACCACGUGGCGUUCCACAGAUUGAGGUCACGUUUGAUAUUGAUGCAAAUGGAAUUGUCCAUGUAUCGGCAAGAGACAAGGGAACUGGCAAGGAACAGCAGAUUGUUAUUCAGUCAUCAGGAGGUCUAAGCAAAGAGGAGAUUGAGAACAUGGUUAAAAAAGCUGAACAAUAUGCUGAAGAGGAUAGAAAGAAGAAAGAAGUGGUGGAGGCAAUUAACCAGGGAGAGAGCAUCAUUCACGAUACAGAGAGCAAGAUGGAGGAAUUUAAAGAUCAACUUCCAGCAGAAGAGAGUUCAAAAUUGAAAGACCAGCUUAGUAAAGUGAAAGAACUUCUUGCUAACAAGGAUACUGCUGACCCUGAAGAGAUCAAGAAGCAAGUCAGUGAACUGCAACAGGCAUCUCUAAAGUUAUUUGAAAUGGCAUACAAAAAAGUAAAUGGCAUCGGAAAGGGAAAGCAGCUCGUCAAGCGAUAAAGACAAGAAAGAGGGAGAAGGUCAACAGUAAUGUGCCUUUGGUUUGCACAUGUGUACAGUAAAGAUGCAAUGUGGUGUUACUCUGUUGAUAUCUAGUGAAGGGCACUCCAGCAGUUCAUUGAGCAGUUUUUACUGGCAAAGUUAUUCUGUUUGUGGACUAUACUGAACCCAGGACUGAUAUAUUGGUCUUGCCAUGAGCAUCUGAUAGACAGUGUUCUUAUAGAACUUGUAUAUUUAAGUGGUGGUGUGUGUAUAAAUGCUUAGACAGUUGUUGCCAUGUGAAGAGUCCAGUAAUUAUAUCAUUAUUAUUAACUACAUCCAUAUUCCAGCAUAUAUGUCUAUAUAUUAAUUUAAGGUUAUGUUAUGAUUUUGUAUAAAAUUGAGAAAUACAUAUGUACAUAUUACGUUA